AUUCACAGUUUUAUGAUAUGUUGUACAUUUAAAACUGGAUGCACUGGUUUAAUUCACAGUUAUAUGAAAUGUAGUAUCCAUUUAAAACUAGAUGCCUUGUGAGAUAUUCAGGAACAAUAUCAAGGAAUUAAAUUCUUUAAAAUAGAAAAUAUUAGAAAUUGAAACCCUCACUUCCGGUACACUCCAAAAAUUCUAGUGUUUACUUUUCCUAGAAUGUUGGUUUCAACAAUAGUUGACUAAGUUUAGCUAACUUUCACACAAGAAAUUAGAAUUGUCGUGCUUAAAAGACAAACAAUAUCAAAUAAGGACAUCUUCUAACGUUACAAUGUUAGUGUAGCUCAAAGUUAGCCUCUGGUUGACGUGUAUCUUUGUUAAUAGAAAAUCGAGUGUGCACCAUAUUGGGCUGUUAGACUAUGCGUGCAAAAAGAUAUUUUGUUUGUUGGUUAUCAUAAUCUUAUUUGCAGCUCUAAUUUUCUAUUCAAUUUCUUAUUGCAGUGUUGAUGAUGAUUUUCCAAUUGUCACUCCAUUUUGAGAAGUCUCUCUCAUUAAAAGUACAACACCAUGACUAUUUCUUUGAGAAUGAGGAUGAUGUCUGGUGUGUUGGGUGGCAAAACGGUGGUGUGCAGUCCAGUGAUGGGAAAAACCGGAUCCUUUUGGGGGGAUGUGUGCUUUUGGAUCCAAAUUUCGGUAUUCUUGUGGGGCCCAUGUUUAAUCAAAAGGAGAUGGGGACCUAUGAUGCACGGAUACGAGACACGGAUACGACACGAACACAGAUACGAGAUACGACUUGAGAUCAAAAUGAC